ACCAGAGUCAACUUGAAUCUUUGCGCUAGUGACGCUUCCUUGAACUUUGACCCUUCACUAACCUUCAGUGGUGUACAUGUGAGGAGCGUCGGGUCCGAACACUGUCCCCGGACGAGACUUCGCUGCACAGCAAUGGCCAGGUAUCUUGCACAGAUCAUUGUGAUGGGGGCGCAGGUGGUGGGACGUGCGUUUGCUCGUGCUUUACAACAAGAAUAUGCAGCGAGCCAAGCAGCAGCGCGGGCCAGGGGCCGCUCAGGGCAGCAGUCAGCCGCUGCCACCAGCAUCACCGGGAUGAGUCUGCAAGAGGCGCAGCAAAUCCUCAACCUCACCACGCUCACCCCUGAGGAGAUUCAAAAGAACUAUGAGCAUCUUUUUAAAGUCAAUGACAAGGCAGUGGGCGGUUCAUUUUACGUACAAUCAAAAGUGGUGCGGGCUAAAGAGCGUCUAGAAGAAGAGCUGAGUAUUGAGUCACAAAAACAAAAGCAGCCGUCACAGCAGAAUACGGAAACAUGAAGUAUGAAAUGAUGUCCGCCCUCUCCUUCCUCCCCCUGUCCUCUGUAAAUUAUGACCCAAUAAAAACCUCCUUUUCUCUA